AUGAGUCCUUAUUCUCGCGAACAGAUCAUUGAGAACUGCAAAUUCCUGUUCAAUCAGGAUGUCCGCCUCAUCACCUUCUACAAGGACCUAUCACGCCCCUCCACCUCUUCCUCAUGUGUGCUCACGUGUAUGCCCUUCAGAGUGCGGGCCUAUGCCAUCAUCAUACCUGCCACCGACAAAUGCUCUAUCCACCAGCUAUCCACCAAGAACAUUCUUAUAAGUGGUUGCAUGAACCACAACACAAACAUCACACACCCAACUUUGUAUCCGGUACCCGCCAACAUCAUACAACAAGCAAUCGACAACCUGGGACAACGCGUCACCGAGCAACUAGGUCAUUUGUUGACUAGCCCAGACCCAGAGCAGGCGGAGGACUUUGAAUUUAUGCCGAUCAAGUUACCGGUGCCUGAAUUGUUAGUGAAGGAAGAACCGUGGCUACGGGGAUGA